AUGAGCGAACCGACCAAAGCCCAGAUCAGUGAAAUGUUCAAGAAAUUCACUGCUCAGAGAGCAAACAAGAUGUGUUUUGACUGCAACGCUAAGAAUCCUUCCUGGGCGAGCGUCACAUUUGGAAUAUAUCUUUGCCUCGACUGCUCCUCUGUUCAUCGCAAUCUCGGCGUCCAUAUUAGCUUUGUUCGCUCUACCUCUCUAGACUCGUGGACAUGGGAUCAACUCCGCAUUAUGAAAGUAGGCGGCAACGCUGCUGCCUCGGCAUAUUUCGCAAAACAUGGUUCCAGUAUUUUAAAUACAAAGGAUGUCACUGCCAAGUAUACCUCUCGCGUAGCAGUAAAGUACAAAGAAGAAUUACAACGCCGAGCAAAACAAGACGCAUUAGACGAUCCGGGUUUUGUUUUAUUGCAGGAGAACGAGCAACCGAGUAGUUCAGUACAAACUGACGACUUUUUUGACAGUUUUCUGUCAGGAAAUGCAUCGAAAUCAACCUCAACUGCAACAUCCACCUCUACGCCGACAUCUUCCGUUACGCUCACAAAACCCAAACCAGCUCAAUCGAAAAUUUUAUCAAAACCCACCGCGUCGAAAAAGCCUAAAAAAGGUCUUGGUGCUGUUGCAGUUAAGCGUAAUAUUGAAGAAGCAGAACAAAAGGCCAAGGAGGAAGAAGAAUUUUCCGUUCGUACCACUUAUUCUCGUAAUAGCAGCGAACAAGCGCAAGAGCGAUCAGAGGAAUCGGCGUCGUUUAGUUCGAGGUUAGCGUAUAACGAUAGCUCUCUUGGAGGCGGUAGAGCAGAUAUCGGUUCAAACACAAAGAUUGGGAGUGAUGAUAUGGAUAGGCUCGGUAUGGGAAUGUCGAGGCUGGGUUUCGGAUCAAUUGGCCCACCUCCUGAAAAGACAACCGUGGAAAGAGAAGAUAGAUACACGGGCUUUGGGUCAAGUUCGUUCAAAUCUUCGAGGGAUUACGAAGAUAAUCGUAGUUCCGCAAGUGCAGACGUAAAUUACGCCCAACAAACAUUUGGUAACCAAAAAUCUAUUUCCUCUGACCAAUUUUUUGGACGUAACGCCUACGACCCUGAGGCUCAAUCUGCGGCAUCUGACCGUCUACGUCAAUUCCAAGGAGCGACUUCUAUAUCUUCUGAAGACUACUUUGGUCGUAAAGAGGAACCUGUCAAGUCGGAUGGGUUGGAUUUGAAUAAUCUAGAGUUAUCAGCACGGGAGAUUGCAAGGAAGUUUGCCGAGCAAGCUGCAACCGAUUAUGAGGCCGUCAAAAUUGCCGUUGAGAGAGGAAGUGAUAAAUUGAAGGAAUACAUUGAAGCUAUUCAGGUUGGUUUUGGAAAGUUUUGGAGAGUAUGCUGGUUGUUUGGUUAUUGGUGA